ACAAAAGGAGAAAAAAAAUUGUUUCUCAGGAAAUACAAAUAAUAAAAAAGAAAAAAUCUACACAAAAUCCUACAAAUUUCUCAAAUUCAUAAUCUCUUCACAAAUUUCUCAAAUUUCCCUUCUCUCUCUCUCUCUCUCUCUCUCUCUCUAAAAUGAACGGCGCCCACACAUCCAUUCCGAUCUCCGACGACCCAAAGGCGCCGCUUCUUUCCGCCGCCGACUCACCAGUCCACCGCUCCGGCAGUUUCCGAUCCACGGUGAAAUCCAUCUUCAACCUUAAAAACUUGUACGUCCUUCUCGGGCCAGUUCUAUGCGCGGCCGUGUGCAGGUUCGUGAAGCUGGAUGGGGCGUCCGGCGCCGGGAGCCGGAACAUGCUGGCGGUGCUGGUGUGGGUAUUCACUUGGUGGCUGACGGAAGCAGUGCCGAUGCCGGUAACGUCGAUGUCGCCGCUGUUUCUGUUUCCGAUGUUCGGAAUCGCGGCGGGGGAUGAGGUGGCGCGUACUUAUAUGAAUGAUGUAAUCGCGUUGGUUCUUGGUAGCUUCAUUCUUGCUCUUGCUGUUGAGCAUUACAAUAUUCAUAAAAGAUUGGCUCUCAAUGUGACUCUUCUUUUCUGUGGAGACCCACUGAACCCACCACUGCUUCUUCUCGGAAUCUGCGCCACCACUUUCUUCGUCAGCAUGUGGAUGCACAACGUCGCCACCGCCGUCAUGAUGAUGCCCGUCGCCACCGGAAUCCUACAACGUUUUCCGGUGGGUUCCUCCCGUUCCGCCGCCGAGGCCAAGUUCUGCAAGGCCGUCAUUCUGGGGGUCACUUACGCUACCCCCAUCGGAGGAAUGAGCACUCUCACCGGCACCGGCGUCAAUCUCAUACUUGUGGGAAUGUGGAAGAGCUAUUUUCCUGACGCCGAUCCUAUUAGCUUUAAUACUUGGAGCUUUUUUGCUCUACCAAUGGCUUUGUUGAUCUUCUUUGUGUUUUGGGUCGUCUUGUGUUUGAUGUAUUGCCCCAGAGGGUCUGGGCCUGCGCUUUCCACUCAUCUUGAUAAGACUCAGCUUAGGAGAGAACUUGAUGCAUUGGGGCCAAUGGCUUUUGCUGAGAAGAUGGUGUUGGCUGUUUUUUCGAUUUUGAUAUUCUUGUGGAUGACGAAGAACAUCACUAAUGACAUCCCUGGUUGGGGAGCUCUGUUCGACGGCCGUGCUGGUGAUGGAACUGUCAGUGUGAUGAUGGCAACAUUACUAUUCAUAAUUCCAAACAAGAAGCAAGAGGGAGAGAAACUAAUGGACUGGAACAAAUGCAAGAAGCUGCCAUGGGGAAUAAUAUUGCUUCUAGGAGCAGGGUUCGCCAUAGCAGAUGGGGUGAACAAGAGUGGGCUUGCAGACAUAUUAGCCAACGCAUUGAACUUUCUAGAGAAAGCUCCAUACUUGGCAGUGGCCCCUGCAGUAUGCCUUAUAAGCAGCCUCAUCACAGAGCUCGUGACAUCAAACAACGCCACCACGACACUGGUGAUCCCAAUCCUCAUCCAAAUAGCCAGCACAAUGCACCUCCACCCGCUCUUCCUUAUGAUCCCUGGUGCCAUUGGCGCACAGUUUGCAUUCUUGCUCCCUACUUCAACCCCUUCCAAUGUGGUUGGGUUCAGCACUGGCUAUAUCGACAUUCCGGACAUGAUCAAGAUUGGCUUGCCUUUGAAAAUUGUUGGCAUUGCUGUUGUCUCUAUUCUCAUGCCUUCACUUGGAAGCUUAGUUUUUGGGACAAAUAAGCCAAUGCAGUGACUGCCAAAAUUUUAAGGUACUUGCUGUUGAUUUUUGAGAUAUUUACCAGACACACAUCUCACAAAGAAUGAGAAUGCAGCUUAUACAUAUCAAUCCUUUUUGUUAUUCAAUUUUAUUAUUAUUAUUUUUUUUUCAAGUUUAUAUAUAAAGUAAACACCUCUACCUUUAUAUAGGAGCAUCAGUUUCUUCUUCCAAAAUAUGUAUAGAGAGAGGACCUCUAAGGAAAGGAAUUGUGGUGGGCAUUGUUAUAUAUAUGUAUAUAUUGUUAAAAUAUAUUGUAAGAAUACAUAAUUUGAGGGUAUGAGUGAGUAUUUACUGUUGUAAAUGUUCAAUUGAGUUGUUGCAUUUAGUCAUAUUACAAUCAAGGUUUU